UACAUGUUCUGUUCAUAGAGUAGAGUCGUCUUUCGUUCACUUCGCAACAAUCAUCCGUCGAGGAUGGACCGAAACGAUACGAUGUUCCUCUUCGCCUUCUUCCUCCUGGUCUUGUCCACGGUCUACGCGGAACUCGUACCGUGGCGACAGUGUCAUUCUGAUACUGAUAUUCAGACAAAUUGUACUAUUCAUGAAGUAUAUAUAGAUCCCUGUAAAGAAAUUGGGGAAGGAAAACCAUGUAAAAUAAAAAGAGGAGUUAUUGGGAAUAUGACAUUUCAUUAUACACCUGCCUUCUCGUCAGAAAAAGUACAAGGUAGAAUUUUUUGGGCAAGUCAAGUAAUGGAUAUUCCAUUCUUGGGAAUGAGUCCUGAUGCCUGUGUAUCAACUUUCUGUCCAAUCGAAGCAGGGCAAAGAAAUACGUAUCACGUAGAAAUACCAAUUUUAAAGAAAUAUCCUGUUCGAACGUACGAUCUUAAAUGGAAAAUCUGGAACGAGGACGAGCAAGAAUGUUGUUUUAUGUUUCAAAUUAAGAUAACAAAAUGACAUGUUAAUUACAUAUGAUUCAUCAUUUCAUCAUGCUCAAUUAAAAUUUACGAUUCGCUAAUUUAAUAAAAUAAACGAACACUUAUUAAUAAGAA